CAUGUGAUAUUGUGCUUACUUAACUGUCAACAAGCCGGAAACAUGUCAAUAUUCAGGAGUACCAUUUGGUUUGUGAAGGGAUUAAAAGAGUACACAAAAAGUGGCUUUACAUCAGCUAGCAAGUCAUUCAGAGCUGAGGACCUGUCAGUGGACAUAUCAGGGUGGAGCUACAUGAUCACAGGAGCCAAUAGCGGACUGGGAAAGGCUACAGCGCUGGCUCUAGCCAAGAAAGGGGGAACAGUACAUCUGGUCUGCCGUAACCAAGAACGUGGGGAAGCAGCCAAGACUGAAAUCACAGAGACCACAGGAAACCAAAAUGUAUUCAUGCACCAGCUUGACACCUCUAGGCCGGCAGAGGUCUACAGCUUUGUGAAGAGGUUUGAGUCUUCUGGGCAGUCACUCGAUGUUCUGAUAAACAAUGCUGGCUGUAUGGUGAAUACAAGGGAGUUAACUGAGGAAGGAUUGGAGAAAAACUUUGCCACCAAUACAUUGGGUACACAUAUUCUUACAACAGCACUGAUGCCACUACUUGCCAAGUCACAACAGCCAAGAGUGAUCAUAGUUUCCUCAGGAGGCAUGCUUACCCAGUCUCUAAACACAGAUGACCUCCAGUUUGAGCGCAUGCGAAAGUUUGACGGCACGGUGGCAUAUGCCCAGAACAAGAGACAACAGAUCGUGAUGUGUGAGCAGUACGCCAAGCAAUUCCCGAAUGUUCAUUUCUCUACAAUGCACCCUGGCUGGGCAGACACUCCAGCUGUUCAAACAUCUAUGCCCGAUUUCCAUGCCAAGAUGCAGAGCCGACUGAGGUCAGUGGAAGAAGGAGCAGAUACCAUCAUCUGGCUGGCCAUAUCAGAGGUUGCUCUUAAACAACCCACUGGGCUUUUUUUUCAAGAUCGGAAGGCUGUAUCCACCCAUCUUCCCCUGGCAUUUACAAAGUCCACAAUCCAGCAGGAUACAAAACUGAUAGACAGUGUGGAAGAGAUUGCAGCAAAGUUUAAACCCGCAGAAUGAGGAAUGGGGAAAUUCAUGAUCAGUAACAUGAAAUUGCAAAAUGAAUCAUUGCAAAAGUACACUCAAUUAUAACAAAUAUUUCUUUCAUUUGACCAUGUGUUAGGAGAGAGAAACUAAGAAAAUAAGAUUUUGAAAUGGGACCAAACACCUUCAAUUAAUUGAUUAAGGUGAGAUAAGUAUAGUAUUACAUUGACUGAGCACCAUGUGAUGAUGUUCAGCUAUUGUGACUGCCUGUUGUCUGUCAUGUGUCAAUAUUUGCUAUUGUUUUUAAGGGUGCUGGUUUUCUACCAAGUCUGAUCGAAGUAUGUAUCAGUGUGCCCUAUUAAUGUCCAUGUGGUACCCUGAUUCAAUUGCUGAACUUAAUACACCAAUUAUACGUUAUGUUUUGAGAUGCAUUUCUAAAACGGUAACCAUCUUCACCGUGAUUGGUCGAACAAUUCGUAAAAAUAUUUGGUAUUUCAUAUUUACUUUGUGUUAAUAUAAUAUAACUUACUUAUUUAUUGUCUUUGUCAGAACAAGGAUGUAUGAUAAACAGCAAAAAGAAAAAUGUGCAAUAUAUCUUUCAUAGUGUUGUAUUGUAUGCCUUACAUACUUUGCAAUGGAGUUUGAGUUGAUGGUAAAAAUGGCUGAUUUAAUUAUUUUAUUGUUAAGUUGAUAUUAUAUUUGUAAACUUGGGUGCUUGUUAUGUUAAAGUGACCCAUUUUUUUCUAAACAAUCCUACUUUUAUACCUCAAUAUUUAUUACCCUGAGUUCGUGCUGUAUAUUAUAAGCUUUGAUAUAUUGAUAAAUCCUGAACAUGUACAGACAUAUUGAUGAUUUGGAAUAAAUAAUAUGAAAUUA